AUGCCAAGCAUCAUCGACGUCAACCUCAUCCCCGCACUUUCGUCCGUGUCCCAAAGGACAACUUCAAGCACACCAAAGACAUCAGGCUACCGAAUGGCUUCCAAGCAGGUGACCAAGAGACUGCUACAUGAGUUACGAUCUUAUGAAAAGGAUCCAAGUGAUGCACUACUCCACCUCGGUCCCCUCAACGACGAAGAGCUGACCCACUGGACUGCUGUGCUCAAGGGUGUCGAAGGCACCGCAUACCAAAAUGGCCUGUGGAAACUCGACAUCAUAAUCCCAGACACAUAUCCCAACAAGCCUCCUACCAUCACAUUCGUCACCCCCAUCUGCCAUCCGAAUGUACAUUUCAAAACUGGAGAGAUAUGUCUGGAUCUGCUCAAGUCUAGUUGGAGUCCCGUGUAUUCCGUCCAACAGACUUUAGAGGCCGUGCAGCAACUUCUUACUUCUGCCGAGCCUGACAGUCCCUUGAACAUCGACGCCGCCCAACUAUUACGCCAGGGCGAUCAGCUGGGCUAUGAAGCCUUGGUGCGUUUCUAUACCGAAACGUUGCGGUGGAACGGAGAGUGA